AUGCGAGCUGGCUCCAAGCUUCCAAUAGAGCUCAAUAUCUAUGGAAGGCGUGAGGACGCCGAGUCUAUCGGUCGAACCCUUUCAAAAAUGGGAACCUAUCUCCAGUUCCCUCGGUGUGGCCUAGAGGGCGUGGAGUACUAUAACCCACACUUCUUUAGGAUGGAAGGAUACCCGGAGCAAGCGUCGAUUGAAACUCUUCUUCUGUGCCCACCUCAAGUUACGGAGGCCAGAAAUCGGGCUUCCGAUCAAGAGCCUGAAGUCACUGACUCAGAUGCGGUCGACGAAAUUCUCGGUUCACUAUCAUAUCGUAAUCUCCGCGAUGGUAUUCAAGUUGACGGUCGGAUUAAGAGUGUGCUUUACCCUUACCAAAAGGAAGCAAUCGACUUUAUCCUCAAACGAGAAACUGGCGAUAUUCCCUCCGAACUUAGCCUAUGGAAGUACAAUAGCACAGAUGCAGAUGAACCUUUUUAUCAGCAUGUCUUCAGCGGAGCAAAGCGUCCAAAUCAAGAAGAGGCUGAGGGCGGGAUCCUGGCCGAUGAUAUGGGACUGGGCAAAUCACUUGUCAUUUUGUCAACCAUAGCCGGUUCACUAGAUCGGGCAAAUGCAUUUGUGGAAUCGAGUCAACGAUCUGCCGCAACACUGAUCGUGGUAUCAUCAGCCCAUUCAAAUGUGAAGUUCCCCGAUGUUACUUAUCAACCACCGGUCGAACUAACAUACAAAUCAGGCAUACUUAUCCCGGUGGCCUGUCUUGUCACCGACACACUGGUUCACAACGACAUAACGAGAAAUCGCAGAACGAACCAGUUCAAAGCCGUCGCCGCGCUCUCAGCAAAGCAUCGUUGGUGUCUGACAGGAACACCCAUUCAAAACAGUAUGGAAGAUCUGGGAGCUUUAGUAUCCUUCCUCAGGGUACCCGUCCUUGAAAAUGCUCCUACUUUCUACAAGUUUAUCACAGGUCCAGCAACGUCGUCUGCUUCGAGAGACCGGUUCAAGAAUCUACGAACAUUGCUUGAAACCAUAUGCCUCAGAAGAACACGAGACAUCUUGCCCUUGAAGCAUCCUGUCACGUAUGUCCGAGAGGUCUUGCUUACUAAUUCUGAACGACAGGAGUAUAACAAUUUGGUUCACGAAGGUAAGACACAGCUGGAUAUGAUAACAAGCGGACACAGCAAGAGGAAAGUGAGCUCUGUAGUGCUUCAAUCGAUUCUCAAACUGCGUCUGUUUUGCAACAACGGUAGAUCGAUCGACAACCAACAAUUUGAGAUCACGGGUCUUCCAUCCGACCCAGAUGAGGCCUUGACAUAUCUCCAGCAACAUGAGCGUAACAUCUGCGCUAUUUGCUCUGUUACGAUCUACUCUAUUGACAGUUCUGACAAGACGGAUGGUGGCAGAUUCAUAUUUUCCUGCUGUCAUUUAUUUUGUCGCACUUGCAUGCCUCAGUAUCGUAAGAGGAAAUCUCCGUGUCCAGCCUGUCACCAAGAAGGUGAACCCGAACUUCCAGGUGCUGGGCCCACGCAAGAUGGGCAAGCAAGCUCGGGGACAAGUGGACAGACUGGCAGCGGUUUCUCUAAGGACGACUAUCCUUCAAAGUUGCUCCGUCUCUUGGACGACAUUCGCCAGCACAAUACAGAGAAAAGUAUCGUGUUUUCAUGCUGGAAGAAGACACUUUUCUUAGUCAGCGCCCUUCUUUCGCAUCAUUCCAUCAGACAUGGUAUAAUCCAUGGUUCCCGAACGCUCACUGAGCGCACCAAAGCGUUGAAGGAGUUUCAGUCGAAAACUGGCCCAACAAUUCUACUUAUGACAUUGGGAACUGGUGCCGUAGGAUUGAACCUUGCCGUCGCAUCCCGCAUUUACCUGCUGGAGCCGCAAUGGAACCCGUCUAUCGAGGAGCAGGCGAUUGGGAGAGCACUUCGACUCGGCCAAGAAUCUCAAGUUGUUGUUGUCAGAUACAUCACGGCAAAGACAGUCGAACAGGCUGAUGUCGUAUUUCGGCAAAGAAGAAAACUACAGUUAGUGGGUGGUGGAUUUGGCAAAGGGAAGAACGCAGCAUCGGAAACUCUCGUGGAGUCGUUAUUGCAUGUUUUUGAUGAUGACGGAGCAUCUACUUAA